UGUCGUCGACGUCGCGCGUUGCCGCCACCGACGGAGGCGGCCGAAGUUAGCACGCGGCUCUUUGUACAAGUACACGCUCCGGGUAUACUCGGGCUCCAUUCAUCGUCAUACGGCCAGCGCGCACUGUCGCGUGCGUGCGAGCGUGGUGCGUGCACGCGUGCGUGCGUGCGUGCGUGCAUGCGUGCGUGCAUGAGUGCGUGCGUACGUGCGUUGCAAAUCGGCUCGCGCGCGAUUCCCGCCUCUGUCUGACUCGGUCUGUCUUUAUCUCCUUUCCCCUCUGUCUACCACUCUCCACCUCCGCCUCCGCCUUUCUGUGCUCGCUCUCUCUCUUUCUCUCUCUUAAUCUCUGCCUCUCUCUUUCUCUUUCUCUCUCUCUCUUUCUCUGUCUCUCUUGUUCUCCUUCUUGUUUCUACGUCAGUCGAACGCAAAGUCAGUCGCGUUUCGUGCCGGCUGGUGUGCGCGUCGCAUCGCGCGGCUUGGCGCACCCGGGAGGCACCAGCCAACGCAGCACGGACAAACACGAGUGACGUUUAGACGCGCGCGACGGGGAGACGUUAUCCUGUGAUCGAAGGUUGUUCGUGACGACGCGACGCGAGUGCAUCGUCCGGGAACGACGACGGGCCGCGCUCGUCGCGCGAUGCGCGUAUCUGAUCGCGUCGCGACGCAUCAACGUCGAUGCCAUCUCGAUCGGUGCGGUGUGACGACAUGCGAUCGUAGCCGUAGCCGUGGAUGCGUGAGGCGCGCCACGCCGAAAUUCCGACUCGCCGGGACAGCCGACCUUCGCGUCUCCACCUUCUUCGCUAUCCUCCGGCGUUCGUUCUCCGGCGUGGUGAUAAGCGGCGGACAACGGCGAAACGAGGAUUCCACGGGAGUCGUUAUCGAGGACAUCGACUGUUCACGGCUGACGACUCCGUGGCUUUUCGACUCCGAGUACAUCGUGUGGCGAGCGCGUCACUCGCCUGUGCUAUUUACGCGCGUGUUUUGCCGUCGCGGCGCAUCGCGCACUUAUAAGGCCCAAAGAGUGAGAUCGCGCUGCAAAACGGAUUCGGAGAGGAUGUCGCGGUCGCGCGUGCAGAUCCUGAAAAAUGACGCUCUGACCAAGGCGGACGCGUCCGCAUGAAAUGUCUAAGUGUGCGUGAAAUCGCGUCGUCAAGAAUCCGCUCGGAGCUCGUCAGAAGCGCGAGGAUCGGUGAUGUCCGGCCGGCGAGUGAUACGCAAAGACAUCGGUCGCGACGACGCGUUCUGGUGACGUGACCGGCUACGACCGGGAGUGGAGUGUGCCGAGAAUG